CCACUUGACUGAGAUAUCAGGUAUGCACUAACUGACAUCCAUUGUCUUCUUGUAACCAUACAAUAAAUUAUUAUACUUUCAUUAAUGCCAUUCAACUGGUGGUGCUUCUCUCUCAUUUUUUUUUUUUUUUGGUUUUGUUUUCUGUAUUUGGAUGGCGGGUUGUGGCAGAUGACAUAUGAUAUGAAGCAAUAUUUAGUGAUAAUGAAGUAGCCCAGUUGCAGACCAAGUUGAUGUGAGUAUAUGCAUUAGCUGUUUCAAUAUGCGGUGACGUUCUAGUGCAUGUACCCACCACCUAUCCUCUUCAGUUUCUCCACUGGACCCCCCUUGUCUCAUGGUCCUGUUGUAGAGAAUGCAUCCAUAUGAAUCCCUCUCUCUCUCUCUUUCGUUUUUCUUUUCUCUUUUUCUUGUAAUAAUAAUGAACGAGGAAAAGACCCAUCUUUGCUCCAUGCAACAAGAACGUACAAAAAUGUGGGACAAUGGAUUCUACUUCUAGCUACCUAGAUAGCAAGUAUUAUAAUGAGGCUGGCUUUGCUUAAUUUUUUUUAGCUCCAACUAUGCAUUUGCUUGUUUAUAUUUCAUAUUUUAGAAUUGUCUGACAACUGAGGAUGGCUAUCUAUCCUAAACCCAAGAAUGAGUUAUCAUUUAACUAUUUUUUUCAAUAUAAUUGAAGAAGAGAAGGAAAACAGAAACUGAGAAUGGAAGUUGCCUAAGAUGGUGGGUUAUUAAACCCCCAAAAAUCUCAGCCGUGGAAUGGAAAACUAUAGGAACCCCACUAGGCCACAACACAAAAGACAAAGCAACAAAAGAACAGCAAUGUCAGGCAUUUUAAUUUAAAUCUCUUUAUUUCCCAUGCUUGGAUCUCAUCUGACAACAGAAGUGAAGAUCUUCUGCCUGAAAACUCCAAACCCUUCUCUUAUCCUUUGCUCCAUUGAUCUCUCUGAUCUCAGAACAGACUCUGUCACUACCAAAUCCAUGUCUUCUUUUACAGCUAAGUCUGUUUAUUGAAAUAUGGCACACAUGAAAGGACCAAACGUACUCUACCCAGAUUCAAGGUACAUAGCACCAGCACGCCUCCAUGUUCUCUGAACUACAAUAAAACCCAUUGCCUUCUUGUCUCAAUAUACAUUUUUCAGUUCACUUAGCCCAUACCCUUUUGGUCUUUAUUUCUCAAUUGUACUUAUUGAUGCUAUCCGGCUCAGGUCACCGUAUAGCUUCAGUUUUGAUUGGAGGAUUGGAGCAUAAGCAGAAACUGGAUUUUGAGAUUGGUUUACGUGGUCUUUUAAAUAAAUAUGAAUGUAUAAGUUACAUCCUAAUCUUGCAGUCUUUGGUUUAAGUGUGAUCUCUUGAAAAUGGUUAAACCUUGUUGGAGGCCUCGUGUUGACGAUGAUGCCAGUGGGAAGGUUGAUGGAUUGUUGGGGUACAAAGACUUGGGGAACCAUCUUUAUGGAGAGUUCUCAAUGGCUAUAAUUCAAGUCAAAAAUUUAUUAGAGGAUCAAAGCCAACUUGAAUCAGGGCCUUUGAGCUAUAGCAAUUCAGGUCCUCAGGGGACUUUUAUUGGAGUGUAUGAUGGACAUGCAGGAAUUGAGGCUUCAAGUUUCAUUCGUCACAAUCUUUUCUCCAAUUUCAAGGCAUUUGUGUCUGAGCACCAGGAGGCAUCAGAAAAUGUUCUUAAGAAGGCUUUUUCAGCGACAGAGGAGAAUUUUCUUUCUCUUAUGAGAAAACAGUGGCUCAGUAGGCCCCAGAUAGCAUCAGUGGGAUCUUGUUGUUUGGUGGGAGUUGUAUGCAAUGGACUGUUGUAUGUUGCUAACGCUGGAGACUCUCGGGUAGUCUUAGGGAGAGCACAAAAAGGAAGCCGGAGAGUUGCAGCCAUACAAUUAUCUAAAGAGCACAAUGUAAAUAUAGAAUCUGUGAGAAAUGAACUUCGAUCUUCACAUCCUGAUGAUUCCCAGAUUGUUGUCCUGAAGCACAAAGUGUGGCUUGUCAAAGGCAUCAUACAGGUUUCAAAAUCCAUUGGAGAUGCCUAUCUUAAAAAUACAGAGUUCAACAAAAAGCCUCUACAGUCCAAGUAUAGAUUGCCUGAAUCUUUCCACAAGCCAAUCCUCAGUUCAGAGCCAUCAGUCUUAGUCCAUAAACUCCAACCAGAAGACCAGUUCCUAAUAUUUGCUUCUGAUGGUUUACGGGAGCAUCUCACCAACCAGAAAGCUGUCGACAUUGUGCAAAAUUUCCCUCGCAAUGGAAUUGCCAAGAGACUCGUUAAAGCCGCACUCAAGGAAGCAGCCAAAAAAAGAGAAAUGAGGUAUUCAGAUUUGGAAAAAAUUGAUAGGGGGGUGAGGAGACAUUUUCAUGAUGAUAUCACAGUUAUGGUUGUGUUCAUAGAUUCUCACAUGAUCAAUAGAAGCUCGUCCAAUAAUUAUCCAUUUUCAAUUCGUGGAGGAAUCACCAGCCCAGCUAACUUAUAGUCUGCAAGAUUCGGUGUUUCAUCCCUCCAAACCCAUCUAUUAUUUGUUGAUAGAAGAUGCGUUGGUUCUCCUGAGACCUAGAAUGAGAGUUGUUAGAAUGU